AUGCUUCAUGAGUUUGGACAUGUUGAUCCAAUAUUUUUCGCUAUUUUUGGUGAGGAAUUAGGACCCGUUUGGCACUUGGAAGAUAUUGAAGGGAAUCAACAUCAGUUAACCUUUGAUAUGGAUGUGAAUCAUCCCGUUCUCACGGAUGUAUCGAAAGAAAAUGUUACGCCAGAUUCAACUAGCAAAACCAACUUAUCUCUCAAUGAAGAUACAAACGUGCAGAAUAAAAGAAUUCAAUCUACUAUUAGAAAGCCAUUUUCCGAGUUGACAUAUUGUGAACUUGAACAAAAUAAUGGGAAAGCUGCACGAAGAAGAAGGAAACUUAUUAUAAAUCAGAAGUUGGCAGAUAAAAGAUUUCAUGGUUCUACAUCCAUUGGAUCUACCAAUGCUCCAAUUUUGCAAAAUAGCAACAGUAACAACACAGGUUUACAAUUUUGUCAGCCUUCUCGGAAGCAGGCUAUUAGAUCUAUUUCGAAGAUAUUGGAUUUUGACAAUAAUUCUGAAGAAGAUGAAAAUGAUGAUAACAUAAUUGGACAUUUCAAAUUUGAUUUGUAUUCAAAAGCUGAAAUUCAAGGAAAUGUUGAUGUUGGGGAGUGUUCACUUGAGUGUCCCUAUUGUCAAGCUCAACUGUGGUCUGAUAGUCAGCAAUCCAUAUUUGAUAAAUCAUUGAUCGAAGAAUUGAAGAAAAUGAUUGACAAACACAAUGUACUUGCUCAAACAUUCAGAAGAGUAAGAGAUUUUAUACAUGAUCAUGAACAAUCAGAUUUUGGAUUGAGGUUAUUUAGACAUCGCUUUAAGGAUCCUAGAGUAUAUAAUACACCAGUAGCAGAUGAAGUGGCAGCAUUGAUUGUUGGUGAUUUGAGUACCUUAGAUGUAGGAAGGGACAUCAUUGUCAAGAAAGAUGGUUAUCAAGAGGAUAUUCUAAUUAGAGAUUGUCAAAAAUAUGGACAAAGUAGAAAGAGAAUUCGCAUUUCUUUACGAGAAUUCAUUGCUUUCAGAAUACAAGAUAGAAAGGUUGAAUUUGUGGAUACAUACACCAUGAUUGAAGCCCAAAGGUUGUCUUUUAUACGAAAUAAUCAAAAACUCAUUCGUUCAGAUAUUCUGAAUGGGUUACAAGAAGCUGUUAACAAAGGUGAAACUGAUCCUUCUUCCAUUGGUAAGCGUAUUGUUCUUCCAGCUUCAUUUACAGGUGGUAUGAGAUAUAUGUUCAAUAAUUGCCAAGAUGCUAUAGCAAUUUGCAAGAGGUAUGGCUAUCCAGAUUUGUUUAUAACAAUCACAUGUAAUGUAAAUUGGCCUGAAAUUGUUGAUUUUGUCAAAUCAAGAGGAUUAACUGCUUUAGAUAGGCCGGACAUAGUUUGUAGAGUUUUUAAAAUGAAAUUAGACCAAAUGAUGACCGAUUUCAAGAAGAAUAAUUUCUUUGGCAAAAUGAUGGUUUAUGUGUUGAAAAAUGGACAUAAAUUAGGUAAUGCAAAUGUGGUGCCGUAUAGUCCUAUUCUCUUAAUGCGUUAUCAAGCUCAUGUUAAUAUAGAAUAUUGCAACAAAUUCAACUCAAUCAAGUAUUUGUUCAAAUAUGUAAACAAAGGUCCUAAUAGAGCAACAAUUAAAAUUACAGACAAGGAGAAUGAAUCUACAGAGAUGCGUAUUGUUGAUGAGAUAAAAAGAUACUAUGAUUGUAGAUAUUUAUCUGCAUGUGAAGUAGUUUGGCGAAUUUUUGGUUUUGAUAUCCAUCAUCGAUGGCCAGCUGUUCAACGAUUAAAUUUUCACUUACAAGAUCAACAACCAGUUUUGUUUAAAGAUGAUGAUCGAAUUGAUGAUGUAUUGCAUAAGAAUGAGAAUAUGAACACCAUGUUCCUAGCUUGGUUUGAAGCUAACAAAAAAUUUGAGGAAGGUAGAAACUUGACCUAUGCUGAAUUUCCAACAAAGUUUGUUUGGAUGUCUCAACAAAAACAAUGGAAACCAAGAAAGCAAGGUUAUAGUAUUGGUCGACUAACAUAUGUUCCUCCAGGAUCAGGUGAAUGCUACUACAUGAGAAUCUUACUAACAAAACAAAAAGGUUGUAUUGAUCAUGAUAGUAUAAAGACAAUUAAUGGUAAAACAUUCUCCACAUACCAAGAGGCUUGCCAAGAAUUAGGAUUAUUGGCAGAUGACAAAGAAUUCAUUGAUGCCAUUAAAGAGGCUAGCCAUCUUGCAUCUGGAAAUCAACUUAGAAGGUUAUUUGUUGCUUUGUUAAUCAUGAAUACAAUGUCUAAGCCAAAUGUUGUUUGGGAUGCAACUUGGACUUUACUUGCAGAUGAUAUCCUAUAUCAAAAAAGAAAAGACUUGAACAUACCAGAUUUUCAAAUUGAAGAGCAUGAUUUACACAAUCUUUGCUUACUAGAAGUACAAGAACUUCUAAAUUCAAAUGGGCGAGCUUUAUUAGAUUAUAGUUGCCUUCCUCAACCUGAUCUUUCAAAUUCAUUCAAAUUUCAGAACAGGAUCAUUGUUGAUGAAAUGAAUUAUGAUAAAGAACAAAUGGAGAAGCUACAUCAAUCUCUAUUGCAGUCUGUCACUAAUGAGCAACUACAUGUUUAUAACAGAAUUAUGACAGCAGUGAACUUAGAGAAAAAUAUAUCUUUGGAAACUUUUGUCAGCUGCUAUUAG